UCCUCCUACUCCUCCCUUCCCCUUUGACGUCACAGGAGCCGCGUCAAUUGUGUGUGCGCAUGCGCCCCCAGUGGACGGUUCAAGACAAUAGUCGCGGAGCGCAGCACUUGCUGCUGCUGGUGCUGCGUAGCCGCCGCCAUGUGCGCCUGCGUAGGUUUGAUAAGCGGGCGCGAGCCAUAGAAUCUCUCGCUGCCCAGUCUUCUAUCCGCCCCCUCCUUGGGUAGCAGUGAUUCCGAAGGGCGGGGAAGAGGUUUUGUUCUCUGGUCCUCCGCACUCCCUCCCCCCACCCACUCCGGCGCGAAAGAUGGACGAGUUGGCAGUGGAGACGGAGCACGUGACGGUCGGCGGCGCGUGGCUCCUGGUGCUGAGCUCCGUGUUUCUCUGCAAUCUCCUCAAAAUCCUCCUGCCCUCCUGCUCUUCCAUUAUAUCAAGAUUGCUACAAAAGGAUGCUGAACAAGAAUUUCAGAUGAGGUCUGAAAUUCAGAACAUGAAGCAGGAACUUUCUACCAUCAGUAUGAUGGAUGAAUUUGCCAGAUAUGCCCGACUAGAAAGGAAGAUUAACAAAAUGACUGACAAGCUUAAGACUCAUGUAAAAACACGAACUGCACAACUUGCCAAAAUAAAGUGGGUAAUAAAUAUUGUGUUCUACAUUUUGCAAGCUGCCUUAAUGAUCUCCCUAAUUUGGAAAUAUUACUCAGAACCAGUAACUGUCCUCCCAAGCAAAUGGUUAGCUCCCUUAGAACGUUUAGUGGCUUUUCCAACAGGAGUGGCAGGUGGUGUUGGCAUUACAUGCUGGUUGGUGGUAUGCAACAAAGUUGUGGCCAUCAUGCUUCAUCCCUUCAGCUGAGAGAGAAUCCACAUUUCGCUGUUCUCCUAUCAAUUAUCACCAUGUUUUCAAAUGUGUUCUCUUUGUUAAUGAAAGACAGUGUACAUGUCUUGCAACAUCUGGAAUGUUAAACAUCUAUGAAAGGGGGCGGGUUUUAGGAGCAAAUAAUAAAACACUCAUAAUUUAUUUUUUGUAAGAUGGUAUUAAUAUUUAUGUAAUGUAUUUGUUUUAAUAUUUAUGUAACGUAUUUGUAUUGUCCUACAUAUAUUCCGCAAGAUCUGGUUGUUUGUUGGUUCUGUACAGUUUUAAUAUACUCAGAUUUUGUUAAAAUCAAUAGUGGUUUAAUUGUGUCAUUUUCUUAAAAGAGUUCUUUUAUGCAAUGAGUAUUAAAAGAGGAGACAUUGAA